AUGAUUCCGAAAGAAGAUCAAGAAAGCCUCUUAGAAGAGUGCCUAUGCAAUGUUAGGCAACAUGCAUGUCAGAUGGAAUGCUCUCUGGAUAAACGGUAUCUGGUGGAUGCGAUACAGCAUGCGGCCAAUAUGGUUAUGGAAAUGAAGAACUGCUGUCUCUCACCCAAAGCAUACUAUGAACUUUAUAUCGUCGUUACAGACAAACUGCGUAUUCUUGAAUCUUAUCUCAUUGAAGAACACAAAAACGGACGUAAAGUCUUGUAUUUAUAUGAGACCGUUCAGUACAUUUCAAAUAUACUUCCUCGAUUGUACUUGCUUAUCACUGUUGGAGUUUAUCAUAUUAAAUGCUCUGAAUUGUCAAGACGUGAAAUUCUUCGUGAUCUAGUCGAGAUGUGUUCUGGUGUACAGCAUCCUACAAGAGGUCUCUUUCUAAGAAGCUAUCUGUUACAAUCGCUACGCAGUGAUCUCCUUCCAGAUAUUGAGGAUUCUCCGUCAACACCAACACCGGUGAAUACAACUCUUAACGAUGGUGAGAAUACUCAAAAUGGUACUGAGCUCACUUUAGAGGAAAAUAAGACAAAUAACAAUACUAAUAAUAUUGAUGAAUCAGGUGUUAGUCAAAAGUCAACUCCUGUUUAUCCACAAGGAACUAUCGAAGAUAGUAUAAAUUUCUUGCUGUUCAAUUUCUCAGAAAUGAAUAAACUUUGGGUACGUAUGCAACAUCAGGGGCAUACUAGAGAUCGUGAAAAACGUGAACAAGAACGUCGUGAAUUACGCCUGCUUGUCGGUGCAAAUUUGAACAGAUUAUCUCAACUUGAAUCGAUUGAUGUUGAAAAGUAUAAAACACAAGUACUACCACCGAUUUUGGAGCAGAUCAUUGAAUGUCGUGAUGUCAUUGCACAAGAAUAUCUUAUGGAUGUAAUUAUACAAGUCUUCCCUGAUGAAUUUCAUAUGGUCACUUUACCACUGUUAUUGCGUACAUGUAAUCAUUUACAAUCAGGUGUUAAACCGAAGCCAAUUGUUUGCGGUCUUAUUGAUCGUUUAUCAAAACAUGCUGCAGCUGAAUUGGAAGCUGGUCGUGAAUUAAAAAUUCAAGUCUCAUGUAAUAAUAAUAAUAAUAGUUACUCACCAAUAAAAGAAGACGCAUUACGUCAUCAUCACACUGACGAAAGUAAUCAUACUAAUGGCGACGAGGGUGUUAACACUUCUUCGUCGUCUUCUUCAGCCAACAAUGAACAAGAGGAGGGGGAGGACACAUCCCCAUCAGUACUUCCUGUAGCUGCUCAACUCAGUGAUGAGAUGCAAGCAAUCAACAGUAUUGCUGAGACUACUGAUACCACCAAAACGACGAAUAAUAAUAACAGCAAUACAACACCAGCUAUAACCGACCUCUUCUCUUUAUUUUUCGUUGAAGUUAGUCAAUUAAUUCAUACCCGUCUAGCGCUAUGUGAAUUAACCUAUAAAAAUAUGCAAAUGUCAUGCUGUAAUAUGAAAAAUCGGCCUACAAUACAAACAGUAGCCACAUUGAAUGGUUUACCAUUGGAGGAUAUACCAGCGUUUUAUUCAGCACUGGUUUAUUUAGCUAUGAUAUUACGACCGAAUAAUUGUGCUCCAUUAAUUGAUAUUUGUUUAAAUGCUACUGCUGAUUCACUGCAUCAUGUUGGUCUUUCAUUAAUACCAUCUGGAUCUUCACUAUCACGUGACUUACUUCGCCUACUCUACCUACCACUAGACGGGACAUUUCCUCAGUCAAUGAGUGGUGUUCAUCGUAUCAGUGCUCCAGUGACAGCACUUAGUGAUCUACGAACAGUAUUAGGUAUGUCUGGUUUUCGACGUCUAGUCUCAUUAUUGGAUCCAAAAACUACAAAAUGUCGACUGGCCUAUGAUUUAUUGAAUGCAGCUUUAGAACGAGAUCAACGUCAACGUCAGUUUAAUCAAUAUCCUCAAUCGAAUCGUCAUGAUACUACUACAGCUAAAGAUUCAUCUGUCGGCAAUACAUCGUCACCGGCGUAUUCAUCACGUUUAACUACUGAAACAGAUUUAGAUAAUCUAUUUGAAUUAAUCGAUGGACUGUUGACAACUGAUCCGAAUACAUGUGAAGAUGUGAAUGAAUUCACGGAAGCACAAAGUUUAAUAGCUGGUAUCCUUCAUAUUCUAGGUCCAAGUCCACAAAGUAUCGAUCCAGAUAUGUGUUUUAAAUUGUAUUCAAAAGCACAACAACACUUGGAACAAGCUGGUCAUGCUAUUGUUCGUUUCAAUUUCCCUGCACUUGUAUUUCAGAGUUUACAACUAAUUCAAACAUAUUAUGAAUUACGUGAACAAAAUCCGAAUUGGGAAGAAAGUGUUACACGAGUUAUACAAUUUUGUCAUCGAUGUUGUACGUGUUUAGUAGCAGCGGAUGCAUCUGAAUCAGCUUUACGCUUAUUUCUGCAUUCAGCCCUAGUAAUUGAUCGGAUCAAGUUUAAAAAUCAAGAGUCUAUGAUCUAUGAAUUUGUUUCACAGGCAUUAACCCUUUACGAAGAAGCUGUGUCUGAUUCACAUGCACAAGUUGAAGCGAUUGCAUUAAUCACUAGUACGUUAUGCCAAAUCACCUGUUUCACUGGAGAUAAUCAGACUACACUGCGUACACAGUGUACACGAGCUGCUGCACGUCUUCUACGUAAACAUGAUCAAUGUCGAGCUGUCUGUGCAAGUACGCAUUUGUUUUGGCCAACAAAACCAUUGGCUCGACAAGGGAUUAAACCAAGUGUACUUAUCCCUGUGACAGAUAAUAAUCCUGAGAUUUCUACAUAUGCAAAAUUAUCUGAAGUGAAUGAAUUACCCGAUGAAUAUUAUGAGAAGUUACGUGAUCCAAAAGGUGUUAUCUCAUGCUUAGAUCGUGCAGCUAGAUUUGCUAGAGAAUGUAUGGACACAGCGGUUCGUACACAAUUAUUCAUAGAUAUACUGAAUCUGUCGGUCAACCUGCGUAUAUCUGGUUGUCUGGAGAUAACUGAUCAUCGUAUCAAUGAUAUAUUGGGCGAAAUCCGAAGUCUUCUGAAAGAUUUAGAACCCUCUCCAAUCACGGAUCAUAUAACAGUACAUUUUAAGAAUACUUUAAAUUAUAUACGCUAUGAACAACAACACCACCAACGACAACAGAGUGCUACUUCAACUGCUGAUAUUUCCUCUUCCACUGUCCUUCCAAACAGUAAUGAUAACAAAUCAACAGCAUCAGAUUUGUCUGAUAUUGAAUCCUUGAGUGCAAAAUUAUUCGCAUCUGUUCAACUUCAAUAA